UAGAAUCUGCCGGGCCGACAGAAAGAAAUACCGUGUAGUGACGUCAGAUCAGAAUUUAAAUCUUAACUCGUACUACUUUCUAAGUGGGUAACCAGGGACAAAUUACUUCUCCGGGUCGCAAUCACGGGAAACGUGAGAGCACUUUUCAUAAGGCUGUGGGGAGGAUGAAAGAUUUCACGCUGAUCGUGCCGGACACAGUGCCAGGACCAUACUAAAAAACGCCGCACAGGAUAAUAACACGGUACCCAGAAGAUGAAGUGAUUGAGAAGAAACAGUGAACACCUUCGCUCUGUGGAAAGGACAACAUGGAUCAGCCAUUUACUGUGAAUUCUCUGAAAAAGUUGGCUGCUAUGCCUGACCAUACGGACGUCUCCCUCAGCCCAGAAGAGCGAGUCCGUGCCCUCAGCAAGCUUGGGUGUAAUAUUACCGUCACUGAAGACAUCACCCCACGCCGCUACUUUAGAUCUGGGGUAGAGAUGGAGAGAAUGGCGUCGGUGUAUUUGGAAGAAGGAAAUUUGGAAAAUGCCUUUGUCCUUUAUAACAAAUUUAUAACCUUGUUUGUAGAAAAGCUUCCCGGCCACCGAGAUUACCAGCAAUGUGCAAUCCCAGAAAAGCAGGAUAUUAUGAAGAAACUGAAGGAGAUUGCAUUCCCAAGGACUGAUGAAUUGAAAAAGGACCUUUUAAAGAAAUAUAACAUAGAAUACCAAGAAUAUUUGCAAAGCAAAAACAAACACAAGGCGGAAAUUCUCAAACAACUGGAGCAUCAGAGCCUGAUCGAGGCCGAAAGGAAGCGGGUGGCUCGGAUGCGCCAGCAGCAGCUGGAGUCGGAGCAGUUCCUAUUUUUCGAAGACCAGCUCAAGAAGCAGGAAUUAGCCCGGGGUCAGGUGCGAAGCCAGGAAACGCCGGCGCUGGCGGAGCAGAUCGACGGGAGCGCUUUGUCCUGCUUGUCCGCGCCGCGGAACAGUGCCCUGCUGAAUGUGUUCGCAGACCAGCCUCCUAAGAGCGAGACGGCCCCUGAUGCCAAGCACUCUCCUCCCGUAAACCGGGCUUCCAAGCCCGCGGCCGCUCUGAGCGCCGCCGUGCACAAUUUAGUGGUCGAAGGACUGCGGUGUGUAGUUUUACCAAGAGACCUUUGCCACAGAUUUCUGCUUCUGGCAGAAUCUAACACACUCAGAGGAAUAGAAACCUGUGGAAUACUCUGUGGAAAACUGACACAUAAUGAGUUUACUAUCACCCAUGUAAUUGUGCCAAAGCAGUCUGCAGGGCCGGACUACUGUGAUGUGGAGAAUGUGGAAGAAUUAUUCAGCAUUCAGGACCAACAUGGCCUCCUCACACUGGGAUGGAUCCACACACACCCGACCCAAACUGCAUUCUUGUCCAGUGUUGAUCUUCACACUCACUGUUCCUAUCAGCUCAUGCUGCCAGAGGCUAUUGCCAUUGUUUGUUCACCAAAGCAUAAAGACACCGGCAUUUUCAGGCUCACCAACGCUGGCAUGCUCGAGGUUUCUGCUUGUAAAAAGAAGGGUUUCCAUCCACACACCAAGGACCCCAGGCUGUUCAGUAUAUGCAAACAUGUGUUGGUAAAAGACAUAAAAAUAACCAUGCUGGAUCUAAGGUGAUGUGUUCCGAAGAUUAGCACCGUCGACCCCAGACACCUACCCAUGGACGUGCGGUUGCGGAUUUUCUUAAGACGUUUCCUGAAGUGACUGAUAUUUUGUAUUUAUACAUUUUAGAUCAGAAAGUUUGAUAUUUAUUGUUCUUGCCCAUUUUGAAGUUUCCUUUUCGGGGUGCUCUGUCUCCGGAGAAGUCACAGUUGGGUUACAUCAAUAGCUAUGAAUGCACCCAGAUACUACAACCGCACCAUAAAUAAUGCUGCAAACAACAACAUGUCCGGUGUUCGUAGAGGUCUCCGCGCGUGUUUUCAGAGCUUCCCAUGCUUCGCUGUAUUUUUUUUUUUCCUCGUUCCUAUUAAAGGUCAUUCCAAACAAGAGAUGCUGAGUACCAGGGGGUCUCCCAGACAGGCCGUCUGUUUCUGCCAUGCUUUCCUGUGGUCGAAAAUGAGCAGUUUCCCCGUGUGAGAAGAAACGUGGCUGUAGACGGUAGAGCGGUCUUGCGUCCAAUGUCAAGCUCAGAAAUACGUCUGCAGCGGAUCCUAGUGGAGGAUACCAGAAUAGCGAGCUUCUACUCAGGGAAGGGUACCAGAGGGCGUGGGAUUAGCAGACGAUUCAUUAACUUGACUGAGAGGACUAAAAGCAGAGACGCUUGAGAGAAGAAUGAAAAAAGACUCAGAUGAAAGUGUACAGCUUGUUCCCGUGAAAGUUAAUACGGGUGACGGGGAGAAGAAAUGAAGUGUAGGAAAUAACUGAUCAUUCUCAGCCUGAGAGAAUAAGAAAAUAAUUUGGAAAGUGUGCUUGCAAUUAAAAGCACCUCUCUAUAUAUCAAGGCACAGGGACCUGGAAGAAAAAUACCUUUAAGCUGAAUAAGGUGACAUAAAUACAGCAUUAUGGUUUUACCGAGGCUUGGAUUGGGAUUUGUGACUGGGUAUCUAGAUAAUAAAAGCAUUUACCUGGGUCAAAAGACAGUGAUUAAAUAGAAGGAAGGGGAGGUUUGUGGAGACAGAAUGUGACUGUAUUCAGAGGUAAAACGUUUAAAGGGGCAAUUAAGGGGCGCCUGGGUGGCUCAGUCGUUAAGCGUCUUGCCUUCAGCUCGGGUCAUGGUCCCAGGGUCCUGGGAUCGAACCCCGCAUCGGGCUCCCCACUCCGCGGGAAGCCUGCUUCUCCCUCUCCCACUCCCCCUGCUUGUGUUCCCUCUCUCGCUGUGUCUCUCUCUGUCAGAUAAAUAAAUAAAAUCUUUAAAAAUAAAAAUAAAAAUAAAUAAAAUAAAAAAUAAAGGGGCAGUUAAGGAAAAAUGAGGCCACUAGAGGGCGCUAAUCCAAUCUGACUGGGGUCCUUAAGUGGAGAAGAUGCAGACGCAGAGAGAAGAAGACCCCGAGAGGACUCAGGGAAAAAGCAGCCCUCUCUACAAGGAAAGAUGCUUCCAAAGAAACCAGACCUGUCCACACCUUGAUCCCAGACCUCCAGCCUCCAGAACCGUGAGAAAAUAAAUUUCCACGUCGUUUGAACCACUCAAUCUGUGGUAUUUUAUUAUGGCAAUCCAGCAAACUCAUAAAGUACCUAAUAAAUAGUUACU